CUUCCACAGCUGGCUGUCAUUUUUUCGAGGAGCGCAUUUUGCGAUUCGUUGACGGUUUGGCUGUUUUAUUCGUUUUAAUCAACAAUAAUGUUCAUAAAUUUUAGUUAAAUUUUCGUUAUUUUCAUGAAUUAUAUAGUUGGUUUCUUUUAAUUUAAAGAGGAAGAAUAGCGACAACCAAUAGAAGCUUCAAACUGUGAUAAGCGUACCUACAUAACUAAAAAUUUAAUCUCCUUUUGUGCUUAGAAUCGCCAUUGUCCGAUAGUCUCAAAAUGGUACGCCCGAAGACAUCUCGCAAUGGUAAUACCAAACGGAACCGCACAAGUUAUCAAGAAGAAAAAAUUAAUGCUAAACUAAGAGAUUAUGAUAUUUUAGCCGAUAGCUUGGUAGCUAAUCUAGAAGCAAUUUUCAACGACAAAAUCGAAGAACUGUGCCGCUCGUUCAAGAUAGAGAAAAAUCGUUUGCCAAAACAUGUGCUGCAGAUGCGGAUGGGCGAUCUCCGGCUGCUCGGGGCCAGCACUUUCGCCGAGCUUGAUAAAAUAGCUGUUGAUCCACCCUGCGACACCGUGAGUUCGUUGGGAUCCAGUCACCUAUCCAGUAGCUACAAUGUGGGAUCGAAGGGUGAGAAGAAGCAAUCGCGCGCCGAUGAAGGAUAUCUUACAGAGGACAGCGCAGCGAGUAACAGGAAUUCCGACCUACUAGCCUCGGCCAAGGCGCGCCCUUACGGUCCUUUAGCUUCAGCGAUGAAAAGACGACGGAGCAAAUCGGUCUCGGCGAACACAACCCCGUGUAAGCAGCAGACUUCACUUUUGUACGGUAUCAAGUCGAAAAAAACAUUCGGUGGCUCCCAAUCCCUGUACGCCGACAACAACCGCCUGUCCCGAUCCAGACUUCGAACUCCCGGCCCGGUCGGGCGGCUGCAGCAAACCGUCAGUGCCGAUCGGGGUAUGACCUUGAUCACCCCCAAAGUGCAACCCAAUACACCGAUGGCCAUGCUGCGUCACGCGCGUCUGGGGGAAAACAUCUACUCCAUCACUGGAAGUCCGGUCAUAACGGCGGCAAUGGUUGAAGAAAUGGCCAACGUAAACAUUCCAAUACAAAACGGCAUGCUGUCGCUCCGACCAACUGAAAUGGACUCGAUCGAUAAAGGACUGGUGCAGAAGAUUGGGCCAGACACGCUGGAGCAUUUGAAGAAGCUGCAGAUGAACCUGAAUAAAAUAAUGCAGAUGGCCGAAGUGAAUAAUUUUCAGAAGUAUUGAUCUUUUUGUCUGGUACUUAUGGCCUAUAUAAUGUGAAUCCGUAGACUGUUCUUUUUUAUGUAUUAGUUCCUUUUGUGUAAUAAAUGUAUUUCCAAUUAUGA